ACCCAGAGACUGCCCCACACGUUAGCACAUAGAGACAAAAAAAGGGCAAGAACGCGACGUCUUCGGGCUCUGGAGGCAGAGAGGGGGAGAAAUAUUGAUGAAUUCCAUUGAAAAGGAAGAGGAGGAGAACAUCUCGUAUUCUUCUGUCUUGUGCGUGGAGGAGACUUUGUAUUUACUUUUUUUUGGAGACAGUGACCUGGGCUCUCGUUUGAGUUUGGACGGAUCAGUGAAUAAUAUUUUUUGGUUUUAUUUUGUGCAUCCUGUGUGUUAGGAGAGAGAAGUUUUUAAUUUUAAAAUGCCGACGUUUUAAAGGUUUUGUUGCAUUCUGCCUGUGUGUUGCUCGUUGUCUCUCUCUCUCUCACACACACACACACACACACACAGUGCCUCUCCCUCUCUCUAUCGCUAACUCUGGGAGUUCGAUGCGGUCACGAUGCCUCGCCCAGGCCGGAACACUUACAGCGACCAGAAACCACCCUACUCUUACAUCUCCCUGACGGCUAUGGCUAUCCAGAGUUCCCCGGAGAAGAUGUUACCCCUCAGCGAGAUCUACAAGUUUAUCAUGGAUCGCUUUCCCUAUUACCGGGAGAACACCCAGCGAUGGCAAAACUCUCUGCGACACAACCUCUCCUUCAACGACUGCUUCAUCAAGAUCCCCCGGAGGCCCGACCAGCCGGGCAAAGGCAGUUUCUGGGCACUGCACCCGAACUGUGGCGACAUGUUCGAGAACGGCAGCUUUCUAAGGCGCCGCAAACGCUUCAAGGUCCUGAAGGCGGACCAUUUGGCCGUGGGUAAGCAACCAGACGCCGCUCACUACCUCCAGCAUCAAGCCAAACUCCGGCUCAGCGCCUUGGCCGUCUCCGCCAGUCCCCUGGCUCAGCUACCCGCGUACGGCAUGGCAGGAUCCCAGGGCAGCAGCUUCAAGCACCCGUUCGCCAUCGAGAACAUUAUCGCCCGGGAGUACAAGAACGUGAUGGCCAGCGGUCUGGCGUUCUCCGCAGUCCAGCCUCUGACCCCCGGCUACCCCAUGCCCCUCACCUCGGUCGGGGGAAGCCUGGGCACCGGUUGGCACCAUAUGUACAGCGCCAGUGUGAUGGACACAGCCGCUCCUGCGCCCCCACCUCCUCCCCCACCACCACCCCCACCCCCUCCCCCCCACCCCCCUCUCUCGGUCCCCGGGGGCUCCGCCGAUUAUAGCCCCUACGGCGUGCCCCUCAAGCCCAUGCCUCACGUCGGUCAGACCCUGCCGGCUAUCCCGGUGCCUAUCAAAGCCAGCCCGGGAGCCGUGAACGCUCUGUCCGGUCCCAUCUCGGCUCUCCUGUCCGGGGGCACGGUGGCGGCGGCUCUCAGCCCCGGUUCCCCGCAGCUAAGCAGCGGCCAUCGGAGCCCGAGCCCCGGGGAGGCACUCAGCGGCCCCGGGGCGGCUUUGCAGUCGGUGGCCGUGCACUGACACCCGGGAAGGGGGCAUGGGGAGCGGAGUA